GCUCAGCCGAGAGUGGGCGUGUUUAAGGCAACAGCGUGGGUUCGCCUAUGUGACACAAUUAUACCAAUUUUAAUCUGGUGGCAAAUAGAAGUUUGACAUUAUUUGAAGUAAUUCCUCGCUGUAAUAGUGUUCGAGUGACCAUUCAUGCAUGAAACGUUUAUUUUCUCCAUCACACUCGUGAUUUUUCAGAAUGUGAGAAGGAGGGUCAACUGGAAGAUAACUCAUUUCCCGCAAGGAUAUACGUCCGAAUUUUAGCAGAAAGUUACGAAAUUAUAGCGGGUUUUUUUUGGACCUCGUGGAUUUCACGCUUCGUUUCCACGGUGCAAUCCCAUGCAAUCGUGCCGAGUGUCGCUCGCCGUAGCUGCUUGCGCUGCUGCUCGAAGCCUCGGUGCUACUGGUGAUGAGGAAAAGAAAAUGGCGGCGGGAAAAGCGAGUGAGACCGAGGAGGACUUUCCUAGGCUGACCGCGCAGGAGAGAGACCGUUUAGCUGGAAUUGACAGCUCACUGUUUGGAUUUCUGAGGCUUCAUGAAGAUGGCGCCAGAACGAAGGCCUUGCUUUUAAAGGCUGUACGUUGCUAUGAAUCUCUGAUCCUGAAAGCUGAAGGAAAAGUCGACCCCGAGUUAUUUUGCCAGCUGGGUCACUUUAAUCUUCUACUGGAGGAUUACCCAAAAGCAUUAUCAGCAUACCAGAGAUACCACAGUUUACAGUCAGACUACUGGAAGAAUGCUGCCUUUUUAUAUGGCCUUGGUAUGGUGUACUUCCAUUACAGUGCUUUUCAGUGGGGGAUUAAAGUAUUUCAGGAGGUGCUGUACGUUGAUCCCAGCUUCUCACGAGCCAAGGAGAUUCACCUGCGCCUUGGGUUAAUGUUUAAGGUGAACACAGACUAUGAUUCAAGCUUAAAGCACUUUCAGCUGGCUUUGAUUGACUCAAACCACUGCACAUUGUCCAAGGCUGAAAUUCAGUUCCACAUUGCUCAUUUGUAUGAAAUACAGAAAAGAUACCGUGCAGCAAAGGAGGCUUAUGAAAGUCUCUUGCAGACAGAGAAUCUCCCUACCCAGGUGAAAGCAGCUACUUUACAACAGCUUGGCUGGAUGCAUCAUACUGUGGAGCAGCUGGGAGACCGAGCCAAUAAAGACAGUUACGCUAUACAAUGUCUGCAGAAAUCUCUCGAAGCUGACCCCAACUCUGGCCAGUCCUGGUAUUUUCUUGGAAGGUGCUACUCAAGUAUUGGGAAAGUGCAGGAUGCAUUCAUUUCUUACAGGCAGUCCAUAGACAAAUCUGAGGCCAGUGCAGAUACUUGGUGCUCCAUAGGGGUGCUGUAUCAGCAGCAGAAUCAGCCCAUGGAUGCUCUUCAGGCAUACAUCUGUGCUGUUCAGUUGGACCACAGUCAUGCUGCAGCCUGGAUGGACCUGGGCACGCUCUACGAGUCCUGCUAUCAGCCCCAAGAUGCCAUCAAGUGCUAUAUUAAUGCCACACGCAGCAAAAGCUGCAGCAACAUCGCAGCAAUCACUACCCGCAUCAAAUACCUGCAGGCUCAGUUGUGUAACCUUCAUCACACUAGUCUACCGAGUAAAAGUAAAAUGCUUCCUAAUAUUGAGGAAGCAUGGAGCCUCCCAAUCCCCGCAGAGCUUACCUCAAGACAGGGCGUCCAGAUCACAGCUCAGCAGGUAAGUAAACCCCACCCCAGUGCAGGAGGGCUUCUAAUGGAGGCACAUGGCUCUGGGCAGUCCCUGCCCCCCCACGUCAGCCCUCUUCGCCAAGAUGAUGGACAGUCAAACCCUGCUAAGAGGAAGAGGACUUCCAGUCCUGCUCAGUGUUUUGCAGAGUGGGGCAAUAACCUAGCCGAGCAGCAAACUCCAAACUGGCAACUAUCACCACAAAAACUACAACUGUUGGAGCAGAUGCGGGCCAACAGGGCAAGUCUGAAGCCGGUGCAGUUGCAGAUGUUGGAACAGCUGGAAGCUCAGCUCUCAGCAAUGCAGUUGGACCAGCAACAGAUGGGACAGAAUGCAGCUGGGAAUAUGCAGGCCCCCCUCUCCAAUGGCCCCACAUCUGCUCCUUCACUGGCCCAUUCCCGCAGACCUGUGCUUCGCCCCCUCUGUGCUUCUCAGCUGCUGGUCAACGGGCCACUCGCUCCUAGCCCCCAACCCCCCUCAGUUGUCAAUAAUCACACACAACGACCGGGAACCAAUGGAGACGUGCCUUACCUGCACUCUAAUGUACUACCUCACAACUGCACAAGCCUGGGUGAUGGGUGUAAGAGCCAGCAUCUUAGUACCACUCAGGGGCUUCAAAAAGGCCCAGGUUCACAUUGGACAGGUCUCAAUGGGGAAAGGACACACUCUUCCAGCAGCUGGGCUGAUGGUGGCCCUCACAAUCAGGUCGGACAUUCCACUUCGACCCCUAGCAACUCUUCUGAGUCAGCCGGCAGUCACCUGUCCUCCCCACCCCACUCCUUGGCUUCUUUAUCAACUACUUCCGUGCACACAGCUACCUCAGGCAUUCCCCUGACCAAAGAGAGCGAGCAUGCGCAGGGCAGCUGUGCCACUGUGGCCAACCACUGCAGCCCCAAGUACACAACUGGCUCACCAGAUACCUACUCCUCAGGCAAUCCACAAGUCUGUGCUCCAGUGAUGGGCAAGGAGAGCCUAACAGCAAGCUCUAGGCUUAACCAUGUGCACCUGGGUGCCAAAUCAGCUGACUCUUCACCCUACUCUGCAUUGUCUGCCACUUCGUCCUCACCCCACACCAAUGAGCCCACAGGUAACUUUACCAAGCCUGACUCAGUACAUGGCAGUGCACAAGGGGCAUGUUCUGAGGACUCCCAAAGCCCACUAAAGGCUGAGCCACCUGAGGCAUGUCUCAAAGCCGGCCCUCUCCUCAGAAGCGUGCAUUCAUCCUCCACUGUAUCCAUCUAUCCAACUUCUUCAGACAUCCUCAAAGCAUGCAGAAAUCUUGGAAAGAAUGGUCUUUCAAGCAGCAGCAUCCUGCUGGAUAAGUGCCCUCCACCCCGCCUUCCUCUUCCUCCAUCACCCCCUCUGCCAAAGGACAAGCUUAACCCCCCCACACCCAGCAUUUAUUUGGAGAAUAAGAGAGAUGCAUUCUUCCCUCCACUGCACCAGUUCUGCAUCAACCCAUCCAACCCAGUCACUGUCAUCCGUGGCUUGGCAGGAGCUCUCAAACUGGACUUAGGUCUGUUUUCCACUAAGACACUAGUGGAGGCUAACCCAGAGCACCUGGUGGAGGUACGGACACAGCUGUGCCAGCCAGCUGAUGAAAACUGGGAUCCCAGCGGCACCAGAAAACAGUGGCGAUGUGAGAGCAACCGAUCCCUUACCACCAUUGCCAAGUAUGCUCAGUAUCAGGCUACAUCCUUCCAGGAGUCACUACGGGAGGAGAAUGAAAAAAAGGGCCAAAAGGAACUCUCAGAGUCUGAAAUGUCAACAUCAGAAAAUGUUAAAAGAAGGCGGAAAGGUCCAUUCAAGCAAAUUAAGUUUGGGACAAAUAUUGAUGUUUCGGAUGAGAAAAAGUGGAAGCUUCAGCUACAGGAGCUGAGUAAGCUGCCUGCAUUUGCUCGGGUGGUGUCUGCAGGGAACUUGCUCAGCCAUGUGGGCUACACCAUCCUAGGCAUGAACACUGUUCAACUCUUCAUGAAGGUCCCUGGUAGUAGAACACCUGGUCAUCAAGAAAAUAACAAUUUCUGCUCUGUCAACAUCAACAUUGGGCCAGGCGACUGUGAGUGGUUUGCAGUUCCUGAGCCAUACUGGGGGGUAAUGAGUGAGUUCUGUGAAAAGAACAAUGUCAACUUCCUGAUGGGUUCAUGGUGGCCAAACCUGGAAGAUAUGUAUGAGGCCAAUGUUCCGGUGUACCGAUUUAUCCAGCGACCCGGAGACCUGGUUUGGAUCAACACAGGCACAGUACACUGGGUCCAGGCCAUCGGCUGGUGCAAUAACAUCUCCUGGAAUGUGGGCCCUCUUACUGCACAUCAGUACAAAUUAGCUGUGGAACGAUACGAGUGGAACAAACUCCAGACUGUCAAGUCAGCAGUUCCAAUGGUGCAUCUCUCCUGGAACAUGGCAAGGAACAUCAAAGUAUCUGACCAUAAGCUCUUUGAGAUGAUCAAGUUCUGUUUGCUGCGGACACUCAAACAGUGUCAGAAGGUAAAGGAGGUGCUGAUAGCAGCAGGGAAGGAGACCAUAUGGCACAGAAGAAGCAGGGAUGAACCUGCACGCUACUGCACCAUCUGUGAGGCUCAGGCUCUACAAAUUGGCCCACCUCCAAGUGACAUGCCUCUGAACUCCAAACUAUAGAAAUUCGAGAGGACAGUAAAGAACGUCAAACUGGAUGUGCAUCAGAGACGAAUGAGAGUAAAGUCAGCACUUAACCUUCCAACACACACGCACACGACAGGUGGCCUUGUAGACUAAUUUAGCUUUGUGUUCAAAGUAUGAAUGAAAAUCUAGAACGAAUGAGUUAUUGACAAUCUUUAAGAUCAUAUAAGAAACAAAUCAUAUCUUGACACCAACAACAAGGUGUCACAUUUCACUACACACAGGUUGACCUACAUGACUAACCAAUAUAGUUCAUUCAGAAAAUCAAACUUUACCCUUCACCCAUAUGGCUUGCCUCAUUUACUCCCUUCCUCUGUCCUUCUUUAUCUCUCUCGUGCUCUCAUUCACACAGCUGCUGGUGCUGUGGGUUGGCAGAUACUCACCAUUUCAUGAGGAACAAGGACAGCAUGCAAUGGUAUCAGAUCUUCUGAGACACAGAGAUGCAUAAAUCAGAUAAUGAAAUUUGUUAUUUGUACUAAUAAUGAAAAGCAUAUUAGCUGAAACAAAGGUUCCAUUUCAAUGAAAUCUUUUAAUAUUAACAAAAGUGUCAAUUAUAUAGUUAUACUCGUUAUAGUUGCUACUAGUUUCAAUUGUUAAAAAACUUCUCAUUUGAUAGAAUGGAAGCACUCACUCACAAAUAGAUACAAAUGACAUAAUUAAUUAUCCAGCAUUACCUUGUUGUAGAAGUGCCUCAAUAAAGUACCUUUUUAUACACCUCAGUACAUGAACAUAAUAAUAUGACAGAGGCAGAAUUUGUAAUGUAAUAAUGUUACCCCCAAGAUAUAAAAUGGAAGUCCAAGUUCAGACCUAAAAAGGCCAUCAGUUUUAAAACCUAUAAGAAUAGAAACUAGUAGCCCUGCCUAUUAUCCAUGAAGGAAAGUAGAGAUUAAAUAGCAUCAGUGAUGAGCAUGUGUAGAGGAUGUUGGCCUCCUUUUGUUUUUACCCAGUCUUCCUCUCCUCUUUUCACUUUCUCCUUAUACAAAAACUGUCCCCCACCAACACACUACCCACAAACCUGUUCCUCACUUGGCUGUGGCACAACAACUGUGAUGUCAUGCAAUACAUGCUCAUAACCCCUCCUCAGUCAAUCCCCCAGUUAAAUUCUCUACUUACUCC